AUGCCACGAAAAACAAAAGCAGAUGGUUCGGUGCCGCGGGCGCCUCGUGCGAGGAAGAAGAAUUCCACGAAUCAGGAGCAUGUCAAGCCAAUCGUUGAGCCAUCUAUAUAUGACCCCAUGAUGGGUAUGAACGGAAUGAAUAAUAUGAUGAUGGAUGAAAGUCUAUAUGCUCAUCCUCAUCAUCAUCCUCCACCUCAUCAUCUUCCACAUCAUCACCCACAUCAUGCUCCUAUACCACAUCCUCAUGCUCAUCCACAUGCUCAUCCGCAUGGGCCACCACCUCCAGAUUAUUCUUAUGGUUAUGCUCAUCAGCCACCAUACGCUCAAGAUACACCAACGAACAAUCCAUAUUUAUUAGCAUCAAAUCAGCCGCCGUCUCAACCGCCACCUCAGGCAAAUUUACAACAACCUCCUAAUAUACCUCAGCAGCCUCAACCGCCUGGCGUUCUGCAGCAGACACUCCAAGGUCAAGCGCCGCCGAAUAUGAUGUAUGUGAAAGAUUUAUUUUCAAUAUUUCAACAAAAAGAUUUGAGAAAAGAAUAUUUUUCAUAUUGA